CAGCUCUAGGCACUGGAGAGCUACCCUCAGCAUCCCAAGAUCACCGGUCCUCUGCCGUCUGAUUCCCUUGGUCCCGAGAUACCAAAGCAGACAUGGUACCCUGGCUGCUCCUGCUCUUGGCCGCCCUCCCUGUCUCAGGGGAGGAUGACCUGAAGCCCAGGAACAUGCUGCCUGGCUGCCCAGACAUUGUCUCGAGGUCUGAAUGGCGGGCCCUGCCCUCUCAGUGCCUGAGACCCCUGAACCUGCCGGUGGACUUCGUGGUGGUGACUCAAACAGCUGGCAACCCCUGCUUUUCCCCCUCAGACUGUGAACAGCAGAUAAGAAACAUCCAAGUUGACCAUGUCCAAAUACAGGGUUUCUGUGACAUCUCGUACAACUUCUUGAUUGGGGAAGAUGGGCUCAUCUACGAGGGGCGAGGGUGGUCCACCACAGGACAGCACUCAGAUGCCACCUGGAAUUCCAUCUCCCUGGGGAUCGGCUUCAUCGGCAACUUCAGGAAUCGAGCCCCUGCUCCCCGAGCCAUCCGGGCCAUACAGAGCCUCCUUCGCUGUGGCACACAGCACGGUGUGCUCUCAUCUCAAUACAUGAUCCGGACACCGCAGGGCGAGCAGCAAAGGGCUGCAGACAGGCUCUACAGAGAACUGCGGAAGCUGCCCCAUUAUUAAGGGCGAGAGGCCUGUGGGAGCCCGGGCCAUCGCAGCCAACCACCUACCCUUGCCUCCAGUGUCCACGGCCGGCAGGCCGCCCCUCCCCAGUAUCCCCGAAUAAAGCUGCCGAGACCCUG